CUGCGAUUGUCGAAGCUGAUGACGGCGACGAGGACGAUGUGGAGGAACGGGUAGAUCAAGCUAUUGACGAGGUGCUGGAUAGNCAAAUACAUUUUUCCUUCGACGGCUGGACGUCGAAAUCCUACGUGUCAUUCCUUGGGAUCAACGCGCAGUUUGUUGAUAGCGACUUCGCCCAGCACCGAAUCCUCCUUGGGCUUCGACCCCUUAGCGGGCGACAUACUGGCGCAUGUCUUGCUGAUGAGGUAGCGGAUACGCUUGCAUUCUGGCAAAUCGAUGAUCCUGAAAAGAUCGGGUACUUUACUCUCGACAACGCAGCAAACAAUAAUACGUGCAUCAAGGAGCUCGCAUUCGAGUACGGCUUCUCUCCUGAAGAGCGACGAAUCCGAUGUGCUUGCCAUGUCAUCAACCUCAGCGUGCGGGCCACGCUCUAUGGUUCCAAGCGGGACAAUUUGGCUGCGAUUGUCGCAGCUGAUGGCGACGAUGAGGACGAUGAGGAGGAACGGGUAGAUCAAGCUAUUGACGAGGUGCUAGAUGGAGAGUUGAAAGAUGACGAAGACGAGACAUGGCCCGGCGUUGCUGUUAGUAACCCAACCGAAGACUUCACAUCUUCCCACCCGGCUCCAGAAGAGAUUAAUGGCACCACGUUCAGGGAGUAUAGCCGCAGCGGCGCAGCGGGAAUGCUGCAUAAUAUUGGGCUUCAACUGCGAGGGAGCCCACAAUUGUAUGAACAAUUUCUGCAGUCUCAACGCAAAGAAUCCGGUAGGGAAUCAACGCUCCACUGGGUAUUUAACAAUGCCACCCGAUGGGACUCAGACAAGCGCAUGAUGGAGAGAGCUCUCCGCCUCCGUCCGGCACUUAAUACAUUUUUCAAUGACGUUCAGAACCGCUGGGAAUCUGAGGGUGCUUGUGAGAACACCAAGCCAGCGGUUCUUCAGUAUCGGCUAAGCGGGUACGACUGGAAGGUUAUCGAGAUGCUGGUCAAGCUUCUAAAGCCUUUUGAAAUUGCCACAAAGCAGCUUCAGGGCAGCGGUGUUCCCGGUGAGAGAUCGACCUGUGGCAGUUUCGACGAGUAUUUCCCUGUUUUCGAGAUGCUUCUUGACCAUCUCGAAAGUGCCAUCGAAGGCACGAUCUAUGAGGAAAUGGAGGACCCGGCGACCAAGAAGAGGACUGAUGUCGAGGUUGCCAUUUACGAGGGACUUGAUAACAGAACUCGGAGAUUGUUCAAGGUUUUUAUUAAACUAGGGUGGAAGAAACUUCACAAGUACUAUGCUCUCCUGACGAGUGGUGCAUAUGCGGGCGCCGUUAUCUUUAACCCCGCGAAGAAGUGGCGUUUUCUUGACCAACUGUGGUCUCGAGUCCCUGCUCGUAAGGCGCAGGGUUGGCGAGCUGACUACGAAGAGAAGCUCCUGCAGAUCUGGGAGAACAAUUAUAGGGGACGUGAUGUUGGUAAUAUCGCCCUUGACACAAGCGAUGAAGCCCCAAUGGAUUACAUCGAGCGCAGGCUUGCAAGGAGCACCGCCAGCUCGACAUAUGGCAAGAAUCCACUUAGCGCCGCCUCCCACCCCCGCAAGACCGCCCGAAAGUCGAAACAGACGACCGUGGAGACAGCGAUGGAUGACGAAUAUUCCAGGUACUGUGCUGAGGAUAUCGUCAACAGUCAGUACUAUAGGAGCAGACCAGUCGAUUGGUGGAAAACCAACGCCUACCGCUACCCUCGGUUAUCCAUUAUGGCUGUUGAUAUGCUCAGUAUCCCCUCAUCGUCUGCAGAGAGCGAGAGGACAUUCAGUAGUGCAGGAUUGAUGACGGCACCGUUGAGAGGCAGGUUGGCCAGGGAGAUAGUGGCUAUGGCUCAGUGUAUCCGCUCAUGGAGUAAGGCUGGGAUCUACACGCCUUCGCUGCCCUUGUUUGAACUAGGUGAUGAUGAAUGGGUUGGNGUAUUGGCGUCACUGAAGAACGGGAGCGACCCCUGA